GCUACGUCGAUUUGUUUUUGUUCAUUCGGUCUCUCUUCGCUUCUUCUUCAAGACGUAAGAGGAAAUGAGGAAGUUAAUUGCUUCCGUGGUCGUCGUCACUGUUCUUAUCCUCUGUUAUGGAAGCCAAGUCAGGUCGGAUGCCUCUAACCAUCGCUAUAAGUCCGGAGAUCCGGUGCCUCUGUUUGCAAACAAGGUUGGCCCAUUUCACAAUCCCAGUGAAACUUAUCGGUAUUUUGAUCUUCCAUUCUGUUCCCCAGCUCAUGUGACUGAGAAGAAAGAAGCUCUUGGUGAAGUCUUGAACGGAGAUCGUUUAGUCAGUGCUCCCUACAAGCUCGAGUUCCUUGGUGACAAAGACUCUGACGUUGUCUGCAAAAAGAAGCUGUCUAAGGAAGAGGUAGUUCAGUUCCGAAAUGCCGUCACUAAGGACUACUACUUUCAGAUGUACUAUGAUGAUUUGCCGAUCUGGGGGUUCAUUGGAAAGGUUGACAAGGAAGGCAAGACUGACCCCAGCGACUACAAGUACUACCUUUAUAAGCACAUUCAUUUUGACAUUGCUUACAACAAGGAUCGUGUCAUUGAAAUAAAUGUCCGAACUGACCCACAUUCCUUGGUGGAUCUGACCGAGGAGAAGGAAGUUGAAGUCGAGUUCAUGUACUCUGUGAAAUGGAAGGAAACCACCAUUCCUUUUGAGAAGAGGAUGGAUAAAUACUCAUCGUCUUCUGCACUGCCUCAUCACUUGGAAAUCCAUUGGUUUUCAAUUAUUAAUUCAUGUGUCACAGUUCUUCUCCUGACUGGGUUUCUAGCGACUAUUCUCAUGCGAGUACUCAAGAAUGAUUUUGUCAAGUAUGCUCAUGAUGAAGAAUCAGCUGAUGACCAAGAAGAGACUGGAUGGAAGUACAUUCAUGGUGAUGUGUUCCGGUUUCCCAAGUACAAGUCAUUGUUUGCAGCAUCCCUUGGUUCUGGCACACAGUUAUUUACCCUUACCAUUUUCAUCUUUAUCCUUGCACUUGUUGGGGUAUUUUACCCAUACAAUCGGGGAGCUCUAUUCACUGCACUGGUUGUCAUAUAUGCACUUACAUCGGGUAUUGCUGGAUAUACUGCCACAUGUUUCUAUUGCCAACUUGAAGGAACAAAUUGGGUGAGGAAUCUGUUGUUGACUGGAUGCCUCUUUUGUGGGCCUUUGUUCUUCACGUUCUGCUUCCUUAACACUGUUGCAAUUGUUUACAGUGCCACAGCAGCUCUGCCAUUUGGCACUAUAAUGGUAAUAGUUCUUAUAUGGACAUUAGUGACAUCACCUUUGCUUGUAUUGGGUGGGAUUGCUGGUAAAAACAGCAAGGCUGAGUUCCAAGCUCCUUGCCGAACAACAAAGUAUCCCAGAGAAAUUCCUCCAUUGCCUUGGUACCGGGCAAGUCUUCCUCAGAUGGCAAUGGCAGGUUUUUUGCCUUUCAGUGCCAUUUACAUCGAGCUUUACUACAUAUUUGCCAGUGUGUGGGGUCACAGGAUUUACACCAUUUACAGCAUCCUGUUCAUUGUCUUCAUAAUUCUUCUAAUUGUCACCGCUUUCAUUACUGUGGCAUUGACAUACUUCCAACUUGCGGCUGAAGACCAUGAGUGGUGGUGGAGGUCUUUCCUCUGUGGAGGAUCAACUGGUUUAUUUAUCUAUGGUUACUGCCUGUACUACUAUUAUGCACGAUCAGAUAUGUCUGGUUUCAUGCAAACCUCGUUCUUCUUUGGGUACAUGGCUUGCAUCUGUUACGGCUUCUUCCUUAUGCUUGGAGCUGUGGGUUUCCGUGCCUCUUUGCUUUUUGUCCGUCACAUAUACCGCUCCAUCAAGUGUGAGUAGUGAAUUGGGGGUCAUCCAUCAAGGAAAUACUGAAGUGUUGAUAAUGGUUGGGUGGGAGGUGGGAUCUUCUCCAAGUCAAUCAGGUAUGUUUCUUUUCUUUUUUUUUAAGGAUCUGUCAUAGAGAAGGUGACUUUAAUUUUGUUAAAAAGGUAGAUGGAGAGAGAACAUCUGAUCUUCAGAAAGCAAGAUGCUGGGUCUUAGUUGAGGCCAUGUUUUCUGGAACUGGAUUGGAAUCCUAUAUUGUGCCUUUGCGGAAAAGGGUUGUUUAGCAUUUCAUUAGUUUAUUAAUCUUGAUGGUAUCUGUAAUCUAAGAAAACACAAAUCUUGGGAACUUGGGAAGAAAACUUUGUAUCAUUACAUGUACUUGCAGUCGUUGGAAAACAAAUUUUUUCAUCUAUAUAUAGAUAACUCUUGGAACA